AUAAAUGACCCAUUCUCAAACAUGUUGACAACAAUGUGAUUAAAUAUGACAUAACUUUAGUCUCUACACUACCAGUACCAACAUACCAAUAUUUCUGUGUGAUUAAUUUUCUCCAUAAGGUGAUAGAAUGUUACAUUAGAGCCAUCCUCAAUUCUAAGGAUACUGCUGGCCGACUGUUCCUCAUGAAUCACUACACCGUAGGUGCAAUUGUACAUGGCACAAGAGAGCAGAUGGCAAGGCAAGGGUUAAAAAAGGUCACAUUUGAUGACUAUGAUGGAGCCAUUGGAUUUGUCAACAUAAGAAAUGUGCACUGGAAGUUUGUGUAUCUUCAUGCCCUUUCAAACCACAUUUUUGUGGUUGAUCCUCUACAAGGGUCAAAUGAAGUCGAGGACUCCAAAAAGGCUGGCUACAGAUUUGGACAGUAUUUCAAAAUGCGCCGGAACAGACUUGGAAAGGAGGACUGGGUUAACAUCAAGUGGCAGCCUGGCAAGAUAACGCACACCUUCCAGAAAGAUGACACCAGUUGUGGGAUCUUUGUCAUGCAGAUGGCCAAGAUGACCGUGACACAGUUUCCAAACAUCCCAAAGAGGUUUCACAUUAACACAUCCAAAAAAUCUCUUCAAAAUCUAAGAAGAGACAUGGCAGAAGAAAUUCUGAAAGGAUCAGUUUCAAAGGAUGAGUUCUGUUCCUUCUGUGGCAAUGAGGACCUGCCCAAGACUGCUGUUGAUGCUGUCUGGAUUCAGUGUGAAACUUGCACAAAAUGGUUUCACAUGCAGUGCCUUGGAAUGACAGCGGCAACGACACCAAACACAGAUACCCCUUGGUAUUGAGUACUGUGCAACGACCCUAAAUAAAGAGGCUGUAGGUGUGUCAGAUCAGCAGUGACCAUGGAGCCGGAAGAAGAGGAGCGCCACGCCCACCACACAGACACAGACACACAGAGAAACACACAGGGGAGCACAGGAGACACAAGGGUAGGGGAAGAACAAGGAAAAAACUGGAGGCCAGGCUGUGGCUGCAACAACUAUAGUUAAGUUAUUGAUUAAUAUUACUUAUAAAAAUUCCCAGAAAUUAUUAAAAAUGCCUUUCAUUCAAACCAAGUGUUGUAGUGUAAUCUGUAGGAGACCAAUGAAGUGUGGAGUGAGUUUGGUGACACUACACUGCAUCAUAUUGAAAUUAUUGAUUAAUAUUCCUAAUAAAAAUUCCCAGAAAUUAU